CAAACGGCGAUAACGCGAGGGUGACGACGUCAAUAUGAAGUCGACAAUGGGGCUGACAAUACAGUUGUCAUCAUAAUGGUGAUUAUCCUUGUCAUCAUUGCCAUUAUGACAGUAAUAGCAUUGCUGAUAAUUGAAAGUAAUACUGUAAGUCACAAUGUCAAUCACAUGAACACCGGUACGAUUUCCAAACCAUAGUAAGGCACGGAGCAUUGUCACCAUGAAUCGAAGGAUCGCCAGCUAACAAAAAACAUGAACACACUCAAAAGAGAUAAGCGCUGUGAUAGAAGUCGUCCGAUAGAACUACUCGCUUUAGCAGUUCCGUCGCCCUUUCAUCUGCACCGAGCGGCCACACGACCCCGCCGGCCCCCGAGACCAGGAUGCUGUCCCUUCUUAUAACGCUCCUCGCAGGUUCUGCCGUCGCCCUGGAAGUGACUCCCUUAACCAUAAUCGGAAACAAUCUGUUUAUUCACUACGACCUCGGUCCUUCCGAGAACAACAGCGUCCUCCUGUGCACCUACACACUGGGCGAGGGUCAGGCGGUUUCCGGGGUCCUCUGGGAGAUCCUGAAGGAUGAAAGCUCGGCCGGAACCUUCGAGUGGAAGCCCAACGCCCCUGCGACCGCCACAGGUCUCCUGAAGGACUAGGUGAACCUCGAACGCGAUGACAGUGAUCUGGAACUGACCACGCUGACCUAUGAGCUGAGCGCCAACUACAGCUGCACCGUCACUGCCGACGAUGGCACCACGGCGAGUGCUAGGGAUGAAAUACUGAUCGUUGACCCCACCAGCAGCCAGGUGUACGUCAGCGUCGACGACAGCGAGGCCGCCUGCACCGUCCGGGCGUCCGUCAGCUACUACCCCGAGUUCCCUGAGCCGUCCGUGGCCGCAGGGCUCUUCUCGGAGGACCUCGGCGAAUACUCCGAGAAGGUCAGCAACUGGACCGCCGUCCGCCACGCCAACGGCUCUGUCGCCUUUUCCUUUAGGGAUCGCGUCUUCAAGGUCGGCGCCGACACUCCGCCCGACGCGCGAUUCCAGAGCGAGAUCGGCGUCACCAAGUCCGACGGGACGUACUUGGGCCAGUCUAUAGUGAGCUUCCACUUCGAUUUCAGACGGAGCUGCAGUUUCCUUACCCUUGGAGCGAACCAGACGGUGAGCUACAACGCUGACAACAGAACGUGUUUCGGACAACCGUACUCAUCCGGGAGCCAAGCCCUGGAGGCGAAGGUACAGUGCGUGGACGGCUACAUCGCCAGUAGGAACGUGACCUCCAUAACGCUGACCUGCGAGGUGCUGAGCGCGACCGAUUACCGCUGGAUCCCCGGGGCCGAGGGCCUUCUGCCGGAGGACCUUCUCUGCGAACCGGAAUCAGCUGGCGGAUCAGCCUCAAGAGUCGCCGUCUGCCACGCUCUUCUGACGGCGACGCUGCUGCUCUGCCUCCGCGGCCACUGAAGGAGAAAGAUUUUUCCUGAAGCCUUCAUACUCCAUCUAAACAGAAUUUUCAGUACAUUUCUUUGCGUUAUCUUCUGUUGGGCCUAUCAUGGGAUUGCGAUAUAUUAAAGCGUUUAUGAUUAACGAAAUACCAUUUUUGUAUGAAACUGGUUACGUCAGAGAGAAAUGUAAAAUAGAUAGAUAGAUAGAUGUGUAUAUAUAGAGAUAGGUAUACAUGUGUGUAUAUAUAUAUAGGUAAAUAGAUUGAUGGUGUGUAUAUAUAUACAGAUAGAUAGAUUGAGAGAUAGAUAGAUACUAGCUGGCCCAAGUCUCAGUUUCUGGUGAUUUUCUUUUUUUCUGAAAGCGUAUCUGGCAGCUGCUUAUUUUUCCGUAUCAUUAUUGUUCUCUAUUUUAUUUUAUUUCAUAUUUUAAAUAUUGCCAUUGAUCAUCAUUUUUGUUAUCAUUUAAGAAACAGAUGUUCAUGAUUUGCACAGGAAAAGAGCGAGAAAGCAACACACGCACUGAUUUAGGAGGGAUAAUUAACUAUAAUUUACUGAAAAUACAUACGGAAAUAUGAACAAUAUGUGAAACAGAUUUUCGUUCAUUUUAGAGAUAACAUUUUUAAAAUGAUUAAUGUAUUUUUGUUUUAAAAAAUGUGUAAGGAAGAUAACAUUUAUCUUUCCUUGUCAAUUACUCUAAAAAAAUUAUACUCAUCACGAAGCAUUGUCAGGAUUAUGAUGAAAAUGUGAGAGCGUUUCUGAACAAUGAAAUGCCUCGGAAGCGAAAGUCAUGCCGAUGAUUAUGAUGACGUCACGCGCGCACUAAGCCACGAGAUCAACUGAGUGUUUUUGGACAGAAAUAACCACAACAAACAAUUAAUGACUAUUUGCACUCUAUAAUGCCAUCGUUUCACACUGAGUACUGCGUUUAAUGUCAUUUCGGUAUAUUUGCGGCAGGAAAGUAAACUUCAUAUAGACUAGUUUUAUUUCUGUAUACUAAAUGAAUAGAUAAAUAAAGACAUGCAUUGUU